AUGUCUGCCGCCACGACCACAGACCCUCCGCCAACAGUCGCCCAUCCGGCUGGUGACGAGGAUGCUCCCCAGAGCGAUGGCUCCAAGCUCAAGACCUUCAUCUCUAUCCUCCGCAAAUUCAUAGGUGUGGCCGAUCUUGCCGCGGUCCGCUUCUCGCUGCCGUCACAGCUUCUCGAGCCGACGCCCAACCUCGAAUAUUGGACUUAUCUCGAUAGCCCGAGCGCGUUCGCCGCCAUUGGCACAUCCGAUGAGCCAGUAGACCGUAUGCUCGAGGUUCUUCGUUUCUGGUUCACCAAAGAUCUGAAGUACAUCAAAGGCAAACCCUGCAAACCCUACAACUCAUGCCUGGGCGAGUUCUUCCGCUGCAAUUGGGAGGCCGAGAACAAUGCACCUCUGAUCAACACUCGAGAUGUCGCGAGCGUUCCUGGCAGUGGCAAUGUCAGCAGCGCCUCAUCUAUCCGCUCUGCCAAGGGCGAUCCCAAGACCGCGUCCAAUGUCUCGGUCCUCCAGACUGCUGCAACCCCGGCAGCUCCUACCACUAGGAUAUCAUAUCUGACGGAGCAAACAUCUCACCACCCGCCUGUGAGCGCGUUCUAUAUUAGCUGCCCCGAGAAGGGGCUUCACGCCCGGGGUUACGACCAGAUCAGUGCCAAGUUCACCGGAACCGCCAUCAAGGUUUCUCCUGGCGAGCACAACCUCGGGAUCUUCAUCACUUCGGAAAAGCGUGACAACGAGACCUAUCAGCUCACCCAUCCAUCGGCACACCUGGGCGGCAUCCUGCGUGGCGCCCUCAGCGUUAGCGUCGCUGACGUUGCCUAUAUCACAUGCCCAAAGACCAAGAUAAAGGCGAUCCUCAACUAUAUCGAAGACGGCUGGCUCGGCCGCGCGCAGAACCGUAUGGAGGGCGUGGUCUUCCACUACGACCCCGACAACGACACCAAGACACAAAUCAAGGACGUCCCAGACAAGGAUGUGCUGGUCCGCCUUGCUGGGUCGUGGAAAGACAAGAUCGUCUUCACCCUUGGCCCUAAGCCUGUUAGCUCUCAUCCUGCCGACAAGCAAACCACCAUCAUUGAUGUGAAUCCGCUCGCUGUUGCCGGCAAGACAUUACCCCCCAAGGAGCAGCAAGCACCAAACGAGUCCCUCACACUCUGGGGUGGUGUUACAGAUGCCAUCCACGCGAAGCAGUUCUCAAAGGCUACAACUGUCAAGCAAGAACUCGAGGAGAACCAAAGAGAAAAGGCUAGAGAAAGAGAGCGCGAGAACAAACCAUUCGAGCCGGUGUUCUUUACCCAGGUCACUGAAAGGGGAGGACAACCUAACCUGACUGAGAAGGGCCGCAUCGUUCUCGAAAGAGCCCAGAAGGGCGACUGGAACCUCCAGGACGUUUUGUGA